CAGCUUCAGUCCGCACGUGGCGCCCGAGGAGACACUGUAGCCGGGACCGCUUCUGCUCCUGGAGGGUUCGCUGCCAGCAUGAAGCGGCCGAAGUUAAAGAAAGCAAGCAAACGUAUGACCUGUCAUAAGCGGUAUAAGAUCCAAAAGAAGGUUCGAGAACAUCAUCGAAAAUUGAGGAAGGAAGCUAAAAAACGGGGUCACAAGAAGCCUAGGAAGGACCCUGGAAUUCCAAAUAGUGCUCCCUUUAAAGAGGCUGUUCUACGUGAGGCUGAACUAAGGAAACAGCAGCUUGAAGAACUAAAGCAGCAGCAGAAACUUGAUAGGCAAAAAGAGCAGGAAAGGAAAAGAAAACUUGAAGAUAACCCUGAUGAUGAGCAGACUAACGUGGAACCCCAGCAGGAAUUUGAAGAACCAAAGAGCAAGAAAGCUAAACCAGGCAAACAGAAUCCAAAGAAAUUGCAUUGUCAGGAACUUAAAAAGGUGAUUGAGGCCUCAGAUGUUGUGUUAGAGGUUUUGGAUGCCAGAGAUCCUCUUGGUUCCAGGUGUCCUCAAGUAGAAGAAGCUGUUGUCCAAAGUGGACAUAAAAGGCUGAUACUUGUAUUAAAUAAAUCAGAUCUAGUACCAAAGGAGAAUUUGGAGAACUGGCUAAAUUAUUUGAGUAAAGAAUUGCCAACAGUGGUGUUCAAAGCUUCAACAAACAUGAAAAGCAGAGAGAAGAAGAUGCUCAAGGUGAAGAAGAAAGUAGUUCCAUUCCAAAGUAAACUCUGCUGUGGCAAGGAAGCUCUUUGUAAGCUUCUUAGAAGUUUCCAGCAGUCAUGUGGGAAAGAUAUUCAGGUUGGAGUAGUUGGUUUCCCAAAUGUGGGGAAAAGCAGCAUCAUUAAUAGCGUAAAACAAGAGCGGAUAUGUACUGUUGGAGUUCCUAUGGGACUUACAAGGAGCAUGCAGAUUGUCCCUUUGGACAAGCAGGUCACAAUCAUAGACAGUCCAUGCUUGAUUGUCUCACCAUGUAACUCCUCUGCUGCACUUGCCCUGCGGAGUCCAGUGAGCAUUGAAGCACUGAGACCAUUAGAGGCCGCCAGUGCCAUUCUGUCCCAGGCUGAUAGUCAACAGGUGGUAUUAAAAUACACUGUCCCAGGGUAUAAGGAUUCUCUGGAUUUUUUUACCAAACUUGCUCAGAAAAGAGGUCUGCACCAAAAAGGGGGAACCCCGAAUAUCGAAAGUGCUGCUAAACUACUGUGGUCUGAGUGGACAGGUGCUUCAUUAGGUUACUACUGUCACCCUCCUGCAUCCUGGAAUCCUUCUCCACAUUUUAAUGAAAAUGUUGCAGCAAACAUGAAGAAAGGCUUUAAUCUAGAAGAACUGGAAAUAAAUAAUGCACAUAGCAUACGAGUCCUCAAGGGGCCUCAUUUAACUAAUAGAAUCCUUUUCCGGUCCUCGGGCCCCACAAGUGGAGUAAUAGAAGAAAUGGACAUACCCGAUGAAUUGCCAAGACAGAAAGAAAACAAACAGGACAGUGAAGAUCAAGGAAAUGAUGAUGAAAAUAAGACAGAGAGCUCAGAUAUACCCCCUGUAGAAGACAAUGGGGAGAUGUUACCUGUGGAAUCAACAGCAAAUAAACCAUCUGACGGAUCAGUUACUUUGGCUGAAAUGAGUCAAGAGGGUGAUGCCUAUGACUUUAAAACAGAUUAUGUAUAACUGCUACAGAUACUAAAAUGUUUUGUGUACACUGUCCCAGAUUGGCAUGACACAAACUAUAAAUCUUGUGAAUAUGUAUCAUGUUAUAUAAUAUACAUUAAAAACAAACUACAAAGUGCUUA